AUGUCUCAACACGCAGAGACCUCAACGUCACUAUGGUGGCCCGAAGAGCGCAUCAAGUCCACCCUGGACACAAAGUGCAUAGUCAGCCGCCUGCGACAAGAGAAUAUCCCGCGGUUGUUUGAACUGCCGCGAUGGGGUGAGGGGUUGACCAGUGAGACAUAUAUGGAAUACAUCCUGCUCAAGGCUGGUCGUCUCUUUCUCAUUCUGGAUGCUAUCGGGAUUCCCGAUCGCAUCUUUGCGCUUGUCGAUGAGUCGUGUGAUGAUGAUGAUCUGCCCAUUGCGGAACACAGUGUCGAUCUCCUCCGCCUUUGUCCCCACGGGGAAGAUAUCAACCUCGAUACCCGCUUCUUCCAUGCGCAAUGGCGGUUUUUGGUCCGCGGCAUUGGAGAGGGUGACCACGUUGUCUAUACUGAGAAUGAGGGUGUUCCUGUUGAGGUGGUGCGCUCUCAUACAAGCAGUGGACUGCAUGGUCGGGAUGACACCGUCGACAAGGUCGUCCUCGCUGGUUCGGUCUGUCGAGUCUAUAUGCGCACUCAAGUGCAAGUCGGCGGCGCGCCUCAUUUCUUUUCCUCCAACGAGGUCCUUGCUGAGAUCCGCAAGUUGAGAAAGCUCUCCCACGAACACCUCAUCUCAGUCUAUGCCUCAUAUCUCAAAGACGACAGCGUGAGCGUGCUCUUUACCAACGCCACAGCAGAUUGGACCCUGCACGGCUUCCUGACCGACGAGCCUUCAGCCUUCAAACGGCUGCCUAAAGAGCAACGGCGCCAGACCCUAAUCACCUGGCCUCACUGUCUCGCCUCAGCAGUCUCCUGGCUUCACUCCCGCGGCCACUCCCACGGCGCAAUCCGGCCAUCCAACAUCUACAUUGAUGCCAACUACCACAUCUCCCUAGGCCAAUUCCAAGCGCUAGACUCGCUCCUAAAUCCUCCACAUGUCAAUGACCUCGAGGCAUACAACUACUCCGCACCAGAGCGCUGGGUCCGACCUUCUGCACCAGCAGCGCCCCAGAAACCACCACCACCCACCCAAACCCUCCUCCAAUCUGGCGGACGAACAAAACGCAGAACAAAACCAGCCCGGCUAGCCCUAUCCCCUCUAAACGAAAGCCCACCCUCCUCCACAGAAAAUCCACGCCCAGACUCAGCAGCAUCAAAGGGAACAGUCAUCCGCAUAGGACUACCAGGCUCGCCAUCCCGCUUCUCCUUCGCCUUCUCCUCAUCCUCCUCCUCGGCAGGAUCAUCAUCAGCAUCAUCAGCAGCAACAGACGCAACAGCAAGUCCAAAUACAAACCCAUCAACAACAAAGAAACACCGUCCAUCCUUCUGGCCCCUCAAAUCAAGAGCAAGGACCUUCAUCUCCUCCUCCUCAACCUCCUCCUCGUCAGCCUCCUCAACAACCAUCUCAAUCCCCCCUUCCUCCCCUUCAACAACAUCCUUCAGCAUAUCCCCAACAAAUACCCUCCACCCUCCGUCCUCUUCCCUCCGCCACUCCAAAUCAGCCCAAUCCCUCGCCUCAUCCUUCCGCCCUCCAACACCCCAUUCCACAGCACCAUCCUCAACCUCAAAUUCCCUCCCACAAGACUCCCCAGCAGACCUCUUCUCCCUAGCAGCAGUAACACUAGACAUCCUAACAACCCUCCACAAAAGAACCCUCACAUCCUUCUCGACGCACCGCUCAGCACGCAACAGAUCAGCAGGCCGCGGCGGCGGAAUGGCAGAUGCAUCCUUCCACCUGUCCCGCAACGCCGUGCAGAUCCAAUCGUGGAUUGCGUCGCUGGAGGGCGAUGCGUUGAAGAGAUGUCGCCGGGAUAGGAAAUCUGAUCGGUGUUUUUGGGCGGUCCCGAGGAUUCUGAUUGUUGUUCGUGCUAUGCUUGAUGGGGAUGUUGGGAGGAGGCCGUCUGCGAAGAGGGUUCGGAGGUGUUUUGGGGGAGCUGUUAAGAUUGGGUUUGGGGAUGUCCAUUGUGGGAAGAAGGGUGAGAAAGGUGAUGGUGGGAAGAAGGAGAAGGAGAAUGAUGGUGAUGGUGGUGGUGGUUAUGGAAGGAAUCUGGAGUCUAUUGGUGAAGAAGGUGGUUCAGGAUCUGGGUUUGGAUCUUCUGCUUCUGUUGCUCCUGCUUCUAUUGCUCCCUCUAUUUUUCCUUCUGAGUCGGCUUCGGAGUUUGAUUUUGGGUUUGAGGAUACGGCUAGUUGCACUGAGAGUGAAGAUGAGACUGAGCAUGAGCGGGAGAAGGGGCCUCGGGUGAAGAUUCAAGUUGAAGAAGACAGUGAUGGGGAUCUUUCAGAGGAUAAACCUGAGAUUCGAGUUGAUCGGGUUUCGCCUCAGUUGUAUUUGCCGGAUUUGGAUGUAAAUAUUACUGGGUUUGAGGGGUUGACGUUUAAUCGUUAG